AUGGAGAAUGUGUGUGGUGAGUCGUUUCCGAACCAGCAUGUGCGCUUGUCGACGUUUGCAGCCACAAUCACGACAUACUUUGCAGUAUCAACGAGGGCGUCGCGGAUUCAGUGCCCAGCUCACGGGUGUGAUGGUGGCGAUGAAACGUGCAAGAAGAACGACGUUUCUUCAGGAAUCGUGCUUUCUAAAGUGUGUGUGGUCAGUACCAUGGCUGCCGGGUUUGGGCUGAGUGUCGAGCAAGUUGUGGCGAAAGGGCAAACGAACAUUCUGUGUUUCAACCAACAACGAAACGUGUUUUACGGCCAGUGUGGGUACAGCUUGCUUGUGCUCUGUAUCGUCUUGGUCACAAUUGCACUGGUGCGUAUGUUGGUAUGUUCGCACGGGCGAAAGGAAUUGGGAAUGGGACAGCUCAUCCUAAUACGAGACCGUCCACGAUUCAACGGUUUGAGCUUCUUGCUGCAUCCGCAUUGCAACCUCUGUCCUACUUCGACCCCGACCAGUACUAAGCCGGCGACUCUGGCUUUCCCCUCGGCCGCCACAUCCUCACCCCUUACCGUUUGCCCUCCGCGCGUGAAGUUGGAAACGAUAUCUCCAACACCGGUCACGCGAGCCUUCGCGUCGUUUGCGAGCAUGGGAACGGACUGUUGA